AUGAUAUUAGAACUGAUUGUCUCUCAACGACAUUCUAGCUCAGUACCAUCAACAAUUGCCCCUCUUUUUCAAUAUGCAUCUGAAUGCUAUUUCACACAAGGUUUGCAGUCGGCUAUGGAAGCAUUACAUGGAGCUGGUCUUUCUUGGCCUUGUGUUUUUGUAGUGACUGGUGCAGCCCUUAGAGUGGCCUCCUCACCUCUUCAUAUCCUAGCUGAAAGAUUGUUUGCGCGGAGGUUACACACUCAGAAUAUCUUGACUGCAGGUGUUUUGAAGCUGGCUGAGAUAAUUCCUCGGUACAUAGCGGAUCAGAGGCUUCAGAGUAGCCGCAUUCAGAAUCUCAAGAUGUGCACUAUCCCACUGUGGAUAUUCUCUUCAUUUGCUGUACGAAAUAUUGUAGAUUCUGAUUUUCAUCCGUCUAUUCCUGGUGGUUUGUGGGUUAGUGACAUGCUUGCUCCAGAUCCCUACUUUGUCUUGCCAGUUGUUGUCGGGUUAUUUGGAUUUUUGAACCUAUACUCACAGAGAAAAAUCUACCCUGUGGCGAUGUCGAAGUGGCAAAUGAGGUCGUACGACUUUGUCCUGGGGUUAUUUGCUUUUUCUGCGGUGGUCAUCAUGUCGCAACUUCCUGCGUGUAUUCCUCUGUACUGGCUUUCCGUAUCCGUUUCUGGUUUUGCGCAAGCUCAAUUACUACGACACCCGAACGUGAAGAAGUUAUUUGGUAUAAACAGAUUGCCCACGGACUCCCGAACACCAAUUAGAGAUCUUUUCUUGACACGACGUGUGUGA